GUGGCGCGCCGGUCGACCCCCGGCGCCGCCACGCGCCGCGUUGUUAUUGUUGACAUUGUUGUGUCGCCACUGCUCCUGCGUCGCGAUCGACGACGCUCGGGACCACCGGCGAUUAUCGGCGAGUAAUUUUCGGACAACGCGGGACCGGGAAUCGAUCCACUUGGCGGGCGAUCAUGUCCAAGAUAACGGGAUACGACACACACGACGACGGCCCGGGAUUCGUGGGCAUCCGGUUCUGCCAGGAGUGCAACAACAUGUUGUACCCGAAGGAGGAUAAGGAGAACAAGGUGCUCAUGUACGCGUGCAGAAACUGUGACUUCAAGCAACUGGCGGACAGCAACUGCAUCUACGUGAACAAGAUCAUGCACGAGAUAGACGAACUAACGCACAUCGUCGCCGACGUGAUAUCCGACCCUACGCUGCCGAGAACCGAGGAACAUCCAUGCCCGAAGUGCAAUCACAGAGAAGCCGUAUUUUUCCAGGCGCAAACUAGACGGGCCGAGGAGGAGAUGAGAUUGUAUUACGUGUGUACGAAUCAGCACUGCACCCACAGGUGGACGGAGUGAGGCGGCGACGCACCUUCGCCUUCGUUUGUUAGCUUAUUCCUUGUAAACUGUACAGAGUCGUGUGCGUGUGAGGGGGAUGCAUUUUGUAAUGUCUGUGUAACACGAAUAAAAAUUGUAACAAAAGAGA